UCUCUCCGAGACUCAAAGUGCACAAAGAGGAGCAACAUGUGCGACGUGCAGCUGCUGCGGGUGUCGGUACAUGAGCGGAUCAGCGCAGCCGCUGAAGACUUUCUGCUGCAGGUGGAGAAAGGAGGAGAAACGACUCAAGUCCCGGCGCUGAGAGCGAUGCUAACCGAGCGGCUAGCGGCGGCAGCGGAGGAGAUUGUCUCGGUGUUUGAGGAAACCAUGGCGGUGUAUGAAGACAGAAUGGAGCGUUCAGAGCGGGAGAUCUACCGCGAGAGGAGGCUGCUCGAUGCCGUGAUGAAGCCCGAACUCCGGCUGCACAGAGUUGUGUGUCCUGCAGACGUGCAGCAGCUGAUGGUGAAUAAAGAAGAGGUUCCCCCUGAGCAGCAGCAAUGGAGCCCCCUUGUGGACCUGGAGGACCCAGAGCCCCCCCACAUUAAAGAGGAACAGGAGAAACCGUGGUCCAAUCAGGAGGGGGAGCAGCUUCAACAACUUGAGCAGGCUGAUAUCAAGUUCACAUUGACUGCUGUCACUGUGAAGAGUGAAGAAGAUGAAGAGAAACCUCAGUUGUCACAGCUUCAUCAGAGUCAGACUGAGGAGAACAGAGCGGAUUGUGGAGGACCAGAACCAGCCAGGAUCUCAGGUCCUGAUGGACAUUUACAACAAGUGUGUCCUGCAGACGUACAGCAGCUUAUGGUGAAUAAAGAAGAGGUUCCCCCUGAGAAGCAGCAGUGGAGCCCCCUUGUGGACCAGGAGGACCCAGAGCCCCCAUACAUUAAAGAGGAACAGGAGGAACCGUGGUCCAAUCAGGAGGGGGAGCAGCUUCAACAACUUGAGCAGGCUGAUAUCAAGUUCACAUUGACUGCUGUCACUGUGAAGAGUGAAGAAGAGGAAGAGAAACCUCAGUUUUCACAGCUUCAUCAGAGUCAGACUGAGGAGAACGGAGCGGAUUGUGGAGAACAAGAACCAGCCAGGAUCUCAGGUCCUGAUGGACAUUUACAACAAGAUCAACCACGUCUACACAAAGCUCAGGGUGGAGCUCGGCCGCCAGUAGGCUCCGUUGGUAGUGAACAGGUGUGUGAAGAGCUCCUUGAAGCUGUUCAGAGACACAACGUUGCAGAUUUCGGUGGAGAUACAGUUCCAGAGGUCCAGCAGGCGUCGCUGUUGGCUCUGAGCUCGGUGUCUCUGUUUACAGCCACUUGCUCGCUUUGUUCUCUCCGAGACUCAAAGUGCACAAAGAGGAGCAACAUGUGCGACGUGCAGCUGCUGCGGGUGUCGGUACAUGAGCGGAUCAGCGCAGCCGCUGAAGACUUUCUGCUGCAGGUGGAGAAAGGAGGAGAAACGACUCAAGUCCCGGCGCUGAGAGCGAUGCUAACCGAGCGGCUAGCGGCGGCAGCGGAGGAGAUUGUCUCGGUGUUUGAGGAAACGGUGGCGGUGUAUGAAGACAGAAUGGAGCGUUCAGAGCGGGAGAUCUACCGCGAGAGGAGGCUGCUCGAUGCCGUGAUGAAGCCCGAACUCCGGCUGCACAGAGUUGGUAAGUCCCUGGAGGAGCCGCUCACAGGCUAA